AUGAAGACAAAGAGAUGCACUAACCCACGCUUGGCCUUCCCUGUCACGAUGAUCUUCUCCCUGUGUUUGCAAACGAGUGCGAACCACAACGGUUCCCUUCGGGUUAGAGAGGAGACCUGGAAUCCCAUCAGCCAGAACCUCAGUGGGAGCCAGAACAGAACAGAAGCCAAUACAAAUUCUCCUCUGAGCAUCAAUUUCAGCAGCAAAAUUACUACCUUUGAAAUGCAAAGUACCCUGCAGUCCUUCUCCUCCACAAUGGCCCCAAAUCCAACAUCUUCCCCUGCCACAGGUGCAGUUUCUGCCACUGCAGGACCCAGGAAUACCAGCAAACCCAAGAGUCCAGUGACCAAAGAAACAUGUGAAGACAGUAAGUCUCUUGUACUGAUCUGCUUCAUUAUCAUUGCAGUACUUGUGCUUAUCUGCACCUUCCUGUUUCUGUCAACAGUCGUAAUAGCAAAUAAGCUGUCCUAUCUCAAAAAAACUCAGCAGGGGAAACGCAGGCCCAGGAGCAACGGGGACAUUGUGGCCACCAGCAGCUUAUGGCCAAUGGCAGCAGGAACGUGGCAGAGGAUGCCCAGGGAGACAGCUGGAACUGAGCUGACAAUGCAGGACUUGCUCUCAGGGAGGGACACAGGGAACAGAAGGAAAACUGAAGAUGAAACUACUGAGAAACUCACUACAGCAACAGACAAUGCACAGGAAAACAAAGAACCAUCCCAGCCACACAAACCCAUUUUAACCAAUUUUGUAGUUGAGAUUUAAUUCACACUCCAGUAAAAAUUCAUCUUCUGCCCUUUUUACGCCAUUAAUGUAAGGCAAAACCUCAGCU